GUCAACAAGCUGUCCAUCGGUUUUGAUUCCCUAAGUAAUUCUAAACUAGUUUUCAGCCAGCAAGCAACCCAUUCCUCUAAUCCUAUUGAUGAAGCCGCCCCUACUUUAUUGUUGAAGUCCUAUGGUACGAAAGUCUGAGGGGAAUGUAUGGCUUGAAAAAUUGAUGGGAGUUUGGUAGGUGGUGGAGAAUUUAUUGUUUGGUGUAAUGGAGAAGUUCCGAUUGGUGAGAGAGCAUUAAUGUUUGGAUUAAAUUGGCUACUGUAGCCAAUAGUGGUCUUGGUCAGUGCAUCUUUCUUUCCAUCCAAGAACUUGAAUGUUGACUGAGCACCAUCGCAAGACGCCGAGGAGGAUUGACGGAAGCCCAUUUCCUGAACGCAAAGUCGCUACUUUUCCGAUUGCCAGUAGAAUCUGCAGGGUAGCUUUUGAGAAGGAGAAGAUGACCCUUGAAAUUCUAGGGAGCUUUAUUCAAUAUUCUGCUUUUGUCUCUGGCAUUUUGAAAGGUAAAGAGGAACAAGUUUACAUCCAAGUCAUCAAUGUGGAAUUUACUAAAGAAACUCCAAGCUGCUCUGAAGGAUGCAUGCAAAGAAAUUCUAUUAAGAGGUCGAGGCGCCACUAUUCUAUCAAUGAGGGUUAGAUUAGGGUCACCAUUUGUUGGUUCCUUUUCUGAAGAUAAGUUCAAACCUUCCCAAGAGAGAGCCUCUCUAUGGUAAUUAGCUCUUCCAUGUCCAUAGUAGAAGAAAUGGUGUGAAAGGUGGGAAGAGAUGGUAUGGUGAUGGUGUUGAGGUGGUAAUACCAAAAUUAUCAAAGCACUAUAGAGAGAUGUAGAGAGAACUCUAUUCUAGAGAGAGAGUCAACAUUACACUAGCCCAGAUUUCUCUUAAUUAAAAAUAUAUAUAUAUAUAUAUCAUUCUUUA